AUGCGGCAGCGGUACCAGCAGCGGCGCCGCGCAUCGCGGGUGCUCCAGUACAGCCGGCGGCACCUGCGGGCCAGUACGGACCAGUACGGACCAGUACGGACCAGUACGGACCGGUACGGACCGGUACGGACCGGUACGGACCAGUACAGACCGGUACGGACCGUACGGACCGGUACGGACCGGUACGGACCGGUACGGACGAGUAUGGACCGGUACGGACGGGUACGGACCAGUAGGGACCAGUACGGACCGGUACAGACCAGUACGGACCGGUACGGACCAGUAGGGACCAGUACGGACCGGUACGGACCAGUAGGGACCAGUAGGGACCAGUACGGACUAGUACGGACCGGUACAGACCGUUACGGACCAGUAGGGACCAGUAGGGACCAGUACGGACUGGUACAGACCAGUACAGACUGGUACAGACCAGUACAGACCAGUACGGACUGGUACGGACCAGUACAGACCGGUACAGACUGGUACGGACCAGUACGGACCAGUAUGGAUGAGUAUGGACCGGUACGGACGGGUAUGGACCAGUACGGACCAGUACGGACCGGUACAGACCAGUACGGACCGGUACGGACCAGUACAGACCGGUAUGGACCAGUACGGAUUAGUACAGACCAGUACGAACCGGUACGGACUGGUACAGACCAGUACAGACUGGUACAGACCAGUACAGACCAGUACGGACUGGUACGGACCAGUACAGACCGGUACGGACUGGUACGGACUGGUAUGGACCAGUACAGACCGGUACGGACCGGUAUGGACCAGUACGGACCAGUACGGACCGGUACGGACCGGUACGGACCAGUACAGACCAGUACGGACCGGUACGGACGAGUAUGGACCAGUAUGGACCAGUCAGACCAGUAUGGACCAAUACAGACCAGUCAGACCAGUAUGGACAGUUAUAGACCAGUAUGGACCAGUAUGGGCCAAUAUGGACCACUACAGACCAGUCAGACCAGUAUGGGCCAGUAA